AUGAGAAUUGCUGAGCGAGGAAGCCCGGGGCCUGUCGAGGGCCAUUCCGCCGACCCCGACGGCCACCAGAUCCAGCCAAUUGCGGACGCGGAGGGGACGGCUCGCGAUGUCCAGAGUCCCAGCGACGUCCAGGCGAUCCCCUCCCCCGCCUCGCCGGAGAUCGCCACGGAGAGCGCUGAGCGGGGGAUCGCACUCGCGGUGAACGCUGGGCUGGCCGACCACAGGGGGAUUGGUGCCGAGGAGAGCGAGGACGCGCAGGGGACAGCUGAUCGUCCUCCCUGUGACGGAGAAGCCCGCGAUGCUCUGGAGAGCGGUGGUGAGGAGAUUGCUGCCGCGCUAGCUGACGCGGUGGCGAACGCCCGUGCUCCUGACGCGGCUGACCAGCAGGGCGAUUUGACUCAACCCGAGCAGGGGCCCACGAGUACUCCGGCGAGGCGAGCCGCGGAGCCCCCCAAAGAGGUAGAGUCAGCCCGCGCUCGAAGCGGCAGACGGGCUCACUUGCGGAGGGGUGUGCAGAGGCACGUGGACGAAGAUCGGCAGGCUCCAGCUCCGGCUGCGCGCUCUCCGCAGUACCCUCCCACGCUGGAUCGCGACCCGCGGAUGGGUCCAUCACUCCCGAUACCACCGCCGCUGACGCGAGCUCGUCGUCACAGCAAGGACGAUGUCGCCGUCGCACCUCAAACGAGGCGCACGGGAGCGGCUAGAGGGAGAGCAAUGCGGAGAAUCCGUGUGGGACGUGGCAGCAGCCACCGCAAACGACGUGGGAGUGGGAGAGGAUGA